ACGUGGUCCUAUGAUUUUGGAUUGCUUUCCUGUUGUCCCUUUGGGAUUUGGAUUUGGAAGAUUUCAUUUGGGAACUCUUGAUUUAGUUCGCAGGGUUCACUGAGAAGAGCGGCGUGGUAUCGCCGGAAUUGGCAGGCAUGGCGGACGCUGAGGAUCAAAUUCUUUCUCUAGAGCGUUCUUCUCGGUUAACUAGAGGAAAGAGGAUGACUAAAUUACUAGAUGAGGAGAUUGAAGACGAUGAAAUUUUUUGGAAUCAAGAUGCUCUUAAAGAAGAAGAGAAUGAUGAUAAUUAUGAAGAAGAGCAAGAAAAGCCUGAUGAAUUUGAUAGUGAUUUUGAAGAAGAUGAACCUGAUCAAGACGAUGAAGCAGAAAAUCCUGCUGAGGAGAGGCUUCCAGUUAAAAAAAGGUUGAUAUUUCCCGGAAAGCAAGUUGCCAAAAAGAAAAAUAAGAGGAAGGUUCUUUCAAAGCUAGAGAAAAGCUCUAAAACUGAGAUAUUUCCUGGGUCAAAUAAGCCUGCACUUGCUGAAAGUCAAGAUGCUACAGAUGAAUUAGAGGGUGAGAGGACAGUGAGGAAGUCGACUAGAACAUCAGUCAUUGUGAGGCAAGCAGAAAGAGAUGCAAUUCGUGCUGCAUUGCAAGCUACAUUGAAGCCAAUAAAGAGGAAAAAGGAAGGUGAAGAGAAGAGAAUGACUCAAGAAGAAAUGCUACUGGAAGCAGCUCAAACAGAGAUUAUGAACUUGAGAAAUUUGGAGCGUGUUUUGGCAAGGGAAGAAGAAGUCAAGAAAAGGGCUGUUGUUCAUAAAGCAGAAUGUGAAGGCCCUCAGAUAAGAUUUACUUCAAGAAAUGGCAAAUCAUUUAUAGAGUUCAUGAAAGGUUCGUCAUUUAAAUCAGAACUUCGGACAUCCUCAGCUCCCUAUCCCCAGAAAUCUGUCUGCGUGGUUACUGGAUUCCCCGCCAAGUGUUUUCUUUUCCUUGAUGGAUUAAAUGCCCUGAUAUGCUUGUGUUUUUGUGACCAUUUAUCCAACUUUGUGGCUAUGGCUGCAAAUGGAAACCUUGAUGAAGAAGCUUACAUGACUAUAUCUAUGCUUGGAAAAUAUGCUGAACAACAUGUUGGUUUGCAAGUUACAGAAGUCCAUUUGCAGCUUGAAGCAAUCUCCUUGUACUUGGUUUGA